GCCGUGUCAAAAAUUAAUCGCUUUUUAAUGAAUUCUGUGGCAAUUUUUUAUGCUAUAUGGUCAGUGGAAAGCACGGAAUCAGAACACUUCAAGGAUUGUUUAACUGAAAGGCUGCGGUUGACUCAGCUCCACCGUCUGUUGUUACCCUCUACCAGGGUUGCAGAAAGGAACACCUGCACAAUGGCUUGGAAUAGCCUCAGUCAGGACAGAGGUCCAGAGUAUCGAAGAGAAGAAGCCAGAGUGAUGAUGAAUAUGAAGCAAUACCUAACACCAGAGGAGCUUGCUGUUCAAAGAGAGGCAGAAAUGAAACUGCGAAGCAAAGGGCGUGCUAACUCUAUUGUGGCAGCUUCCUUGCCCUUUCUCUAUCGAUAUUUUAAAUCUAUACGUCCCGUACUUACAGUUGGCUCAGUGGCGGCCUCUGUAGGCUUGUAUUCCCUAGCCCAUAUGUCCUCAGUAAUAAUUGGAAUAGAACAGUUCAGAAAAGAUGUCCUCAACUCUCCAGAUUUACCUAGUGACAGCGCUCUUAGGGAAGCGAUUCAACAAAAUAAGUCCCUGUACACUGUCUUAAUUGAACGUAACUUGGUUGCACCUCCCAGAUCUAAAUUUCAACGAGGUGUGGUGGACAAUUCGGAUGCAGGAACUCGACCAAAAUUGCUAGAUGAAGCCCCCUCUAAUGUCUUUGGCCUUGAUGACUCUCGUCGGCCCCAUUUUUCAGGUUUGGAUGAUUCACAGAGGCCAAAUAUCGAAACCGGAACUACUUUUCUACAAGAGAAUUCGGAAAUGGAUGCAGCACCCCUUAGUGAGAAAAAUGUCACUUAUGCUGAAUUACGCGCAAGAAACCGGGACAGGCACAAUAAAUCCCCGAGACAAGAGCAGAGUUACAUGUCCAAACCAACCAGGUAUUUUUGGGAUGAGGAGAAACCUAAACAUGUGGAGCCAGAAGCCCGGGGAAUGCCCAUGCAACCCAGGGAUAAUUUCCCUCAACGUGAACAUAAACAACAACCCUCAAGACAUAAGAGGACCAAUAAAUAUGGGGACUUAUGGGAAGAGUGAGCUUUUUCGCUUCCAGUCAGGGUGUAUCCAAGUAAAAGGUGUAUCAUAUCUGUGUUAGGUUCUCAUUAAAGCUGCCCUGUAAUGCAUAUAAACCACUUAUACUAGUUUCUUGUAAGACACAAAUAAAGUGGACAUGCCAAGGGAUAAACCCAAUCAGUCAGAAAAAAAAAAGCUGAAGUAUAGCACCCUCUGCAAAAUUUAAGUAACUGUUGUAAAUUGACCGACUCCUCUGACCUGCCUGUCUGCCCCAAUUAUGCAGCACAAAAAGUAAGCUGAACAUAUAUGUUCGAAUGUAAUUUUUUAGGUAAUAUGAAUUGAUGUUCAUGGUAUUUCUCCCAGAUAUAUAUUCUUUUUGAAACUAUACUAGUAUGGUAGCAUUUGGUCAGCUUUUGUGGCACAAAAAAAAAAAAAAAAAAAAA